GACGUGGGCAGGCCGCCGGCCCCGCCGCGGGAGGACGCCCAGCCCUCGGAGCAGGGCGGCGGGGAAGCGGCUGAGGACCCCCAGGAGUGGCUCAAUGUUUUGGGGAGCGGUUUGCUCAAGAAGAAGACGCUGGUGCCGGGCCAGGGGGUGGACCCCCGUCCCCGCAAGGGCCAGGAAGUGACCGUCCGCCUGAAGGCCACGCUGGAGGACGGCAGCGUGGUGGAGGAGAACCCUGCCCUCACCUUCACGCUGGGGGACUGCGACGUCUUGCAGGCUCUGGACCUGUGCGUGCAGCUCCUGGAAAUGGGGGAGACGGCUUUGAUCAUGUCUGAUGCAAAGUACUGCUACGGCGCUCAGGGCAGGAGGCCUGACGUCCCACCCAACGCGGCUCUCGCCCUGGAGGUGGAGCUGCUGGGGGCUCGGGAUGCGCCGGACCUGGAGCUGCUCAGCGGGAAGGAGAAGAUAGAGCUGGCCAACCGCAAGCGGGAGCGCGGCAACUUCUUCUACCAGCAGGCAGAUUACGUGCUGGCCAUCAACUCCUACGACAUCGCUCUCAAGGUCAUCGGCUCCAGCUCAAAAGUCGACUUCAGCCCGGACGAGGAGGCUGAGCUGCUGGACGUGAAGGUGAAAUGUCUCAACAACCUGGCAGCCUCUCAGCUUAAAUUGGACCAUUACGAGGCAGCCCUGAAGUCCUGUAACCUUGUCCUGGAGCACCAGCCGGGGAACAUCAAGGCUCUCUUCCGAAAGGGCAAGGUCCUGGCUCAGCAGGGCGAAUAUAGAGAGGCCAUCCCCAUCUUAAAGGCGGCGUUGAAGCUGGAACCUUCAAACAAGGUGGGCUUUAGUCCUCGACUGGGUCUGUCGUUUUAUCCGCCUCUUUCCCGGGUGUUUCACCAGACCCAUCACGGUUCGUGUCGGUGUUCCCUGGUGCCUGAAGGUCACGGGUAG